AUGUAUACCAAUACUACGAUCACUCGACUCGCGCUUCUGAUCCUCAUAUUCAUCCUGUCCGUCGGAAGAGCCCGCGCGCAGAACAACUCGACGAAGGCGGGCCUUGCAUGGCCAAAUGGCCGCUAUGACGAUGCUCGCCAGUUCACGAAGACCGGGAAGGUGUCCUGGUAUGUGUACUACACAUGGAGUCCUUCACCAGUACGAGGGCUUGACCUCGAAUUCGUCCCCAUGUACUGGGGCGAGAGGCAAACCGAGCAGUUCUCCGAGUCUAUCAACGACACGAUCGACGCAUACGAUGUGAAGCAUAUCCUCGCGUUCAACGAACCCCAACAAGAAGGACAAUCGGACAUCAACGUCACGCGUGCCCUCGAGUUGUGGAACGAGUAUCUCCUUCCCCUUCGCGACGCAUAUGGGGUCAAGCUCGGCAGCCCGGCCCCGACCAGCGCUCCCGACGGCAUGACGUGGCUGCAAGACUUCUGCGACGCCAUCGACGACGCGAGAGGUAGCGAUGGAUGCCCUGAGGUCGACUUCGUCGCCUUGCAUUGGUACGACGUCGAUGCGGACAACUUCAAGACGUACAUGGAGGAAUUUCACGACACAUUCCCCGGGAAGUCGAUCUGGGUCACUGAGUGGGCCUGUCAGAACUUCAACAGCGGCGCUCAAUGCUCGUACGCCGACAUUGUCACCUUCAUGAACGAGACGCAGAGCUGGAUGGACGAGACAAAUUGGAUAGAGCGCUACGCGUGGUUCGGGGCGAUGCGCGACUUGCAAGGCGUAAAUGCUGACAACGCCCUGCUCGACAAAGAUGGCGACCUCACCGACCUUGGCCAGCAGUACAUUGGCGAGGACCCUGCGGACCCAAACAACGACAGCAGCGCGCAAGCCCUCUUCCCAGCCGCCCUGUAUACGCUCGCAGCCGCCUGGCUUUGCCAGGUUGCGGUGGCAUGAUCGGAGAUGAUACCUGCUACGUGACUGAGGCCUGGACAGCGAUGGUUGUGUGCGGAUACAUGGACGGAUCUCCUCCUGGACACUGUAUACCUACUCUUGAUACCCUACUUACUGCUCGACUGUAGCCUUCACAUGUAAUUUGAUAGAUGCUUGCCUUCAUGCCCUUCGUCUCGCGGACGAAUAUCAUACAAACUUUGCCCUG